UGCGCCACGGCUUUGGCGCAUUUUCGGCUGGUUUGAUUCAUCCAUUUUGAGGAGACGGGGGAGCGGGGGGCUCGUCAGAUCCAAGGGCCCGAAACAAGCAGCCUCGGACUCUUAAGAAGCCAGCAGCUCCGGGCUCGGCAGCAGCGGCCCCGCCGGCCGGAGCGGGGGGGUGGGGCGCCGAGCGCGCGCGGGGAGGGGGGUCCUGGUCCUCGGCUCCUGGACUCGGUCGAGCCUCGACAGCGAACAUGUCUCGGCCUGUCAGAAAUAGGAAGGUCGUUGAUUACUCACAGUUUCAGGAAUCAGAUGAUGCAGAUGAAGACUAUGGAAGAGAUUCAGGCCCUCCUGCGAAGAAAAUUCGGUCAUCUCCUCGAGAAGCUAAAAAUAAGAGGCGAUCUGGAAAGAAUUCACAAGAAGACAGUGAAGACUCAGAAGAAAAAGAUCUAAAGACUAAGAAGGAUGAUUCUCACUCAGCAGAUGACAGUGAAGACGAAAAAGAUGAUCAUAAAAAUGUACGCCAGCAACGACAGGCAGCAUCUAAAGCAGCUUCUAAACAGAGAGAGAUGCUCUUAGAAGAUGUUGGCAGUGAGGAAGAGCCAGAAGAAGAUGAUGAGGCACCAUUCCAAGAGAAAGAUUCUGGCAGCGAUGAAGAUUUCCUAAUGGAAGACGAUGAUGAUAGUGAUUAUGGCAGUUCAAAAAAGAAAAACAAAAAGAUUGUUAAGAAGUCCAAACCUGAGAGAAAAGAAAAGAAAAUGCCCAAACCCAGACUAAAGGCUACAGUGACGCCAAGUCCAGUGAAAGGCAAAGGAAAAGUGGGUCGUCCUACAGCUUCAAAGGCAUCUAAGGAAAAAGCUCCUUCUCCCAAAGAAGAGGAUGAGGAAGAAGAAAGCCCUCCAGAAAAGAAGACCUCUGCAAGCCCCCCACUCGAGAAGUCUGGAGAUGAAGGGUCUGAAGAUGAAGCCCCAUCUGGGGAAGAUUAAAAGUGAUGUUUGGGGAGAGAUUUUAUUAAAAAACAAAACAAAAAACAAAAAGGAAACCUAUGUAGGACACGGUUUGGGCUGUGGCUUGACUCAUGGGCUUUCAGUGCUAUUUCAUUUGUCUGAAACAAUGUUUCUAUCUAUCUCUAUCUCUCACUCUGAAAACCAUUGUAUGUUGAAAGGUUUAAGUUGCCAUUUUGUCUAAUGGUCUUAUUUCUUUGCCAACCCCUCUUCCUCCUCCUGAUGAAAGCCAUGUCAAUUAAUCACUGGGUUGACUGCUUCAUCUUUGUAUUUUUAAUGGAAGUUAGGAAUCCCUCGGCUGUAAAGCAAUAAGAUUUGAGAUGGACUCUAUGGAAACUUUGCUUUUUGCUAAAGAAUAGCAACUUUAACAGUAAUCAAAAAAACUAGAAAGGUUUUAGGUAAAAAUUAUUUUUCUUUUCUUGUGCUUUUGACAGACCAGUUGUUGUUUAACAUGAGCUUAUAUGUCUAAAGUGUAAAUGUCAAAAAGAAUCAUGACUCUAAACUCUCACUGAUGAGGCAGUUGGGAGGUGAACAUGAAUUUUGGGUUCUUAACUCAGUACUCACAUUAUCCCUUGGGUGUGGAAGGAAUCCUGGAGCUUGUCUGGAAAUGUGGGCUUUCCUUUUUUUUUUUUUUUUUUUUCCUUCUUCUGGUUUUUCGAGACAGGGUUUCUCUGUAUUGUUUUGGAGGCUGUCCUGGAACUCGCUCUGUAGACCAGGCAGGCCUAGAACUCACAGAGAUCUGCCUGCUUCUGCCUCCUGAGUGCUGGAAUUAAAGGCAUGUGCCACCAGCACCUGGCUGGGCUUUCUUAUUUAAUACUUGUUUUUCUCACAGAGACUCAGAACCAGUGGUCCUUUUUUCUCAGUAACUUUUUCUAAAAAAUGGGGCCACCAGGACCCAGAAUCAUUUUUAAUUUCUUAUUUCAUUCAUGUUUUCAUUGAUUCCUGUUUUUAAAUAUAUAUAUAUAUCCUAUUUUUGGAUAGUUUUACCAAUGAUCAAAAAUUAAUUAAAAAGAAAUUCCCUAGAAUUUUGAUGACAAGAUAAGUGUACGCCUCACAGUGCAUUUCUUUACAGGCUGAUGAUGUUAAAAGUUUUAAGCAAAUAAAGUUUGAGUUAAUGUGAAGCUCAGAUACAAAGGAUUGGGAUUUAUCCUUUAUAAAUACGUAUAAUUGAA